CCACCACUCGAUCCCAACCCAUCCACGCCCAUAGGAUGGCAAAAGCCCUAGACUUCCUAGCAGACGACGCCGCUUCGACGUCACGUCGUCCGAAGCGUACACGCCGUGAUGUCGAGGAAGAGGAGGACGACGAUGACGAAGCAGAAGCGCAGGCCAUUGCUUCGGCGCUGCACAAGCACAACGUCAAAGCUGGCGCUCAAGUAGCAAAGGCGGCCACGGCAAAGGCAAAAGGGAAAGGAAAGCAGAAGAGCGGUGAAACGACGGGCGGAGGGAGUUUCCAGAGUAUGGGCUUGCUCCCCUCGCUCCUUCGCUCCCUCCUCCUCCGCGGCUACACGACCCCCACGCCCAUCCAGCGCGCAUCCAUCCCGCCCCUCCUCGCGCAACCUCCACAAGACCUGGUAGGGAUGGCCCGUACCGGCUCGGGCAAGACGCUAGCCUACAUGCUCCCCCUCCUCCACAAGCUCAAUUGUCGCCACUCCCCCACCAUCGGCAUCAAGUCAUUGAUCCUCUGCCCCGGUCGUGAGCUUGCCUUGCAGAUUCUCCGCGUAGGAAAGGAUAUAGCGCGAGGAUGCAGGCCCGAAUCCGGGGAGGGAGAGGCGCUGCGCUGGGCAAUGGUUGUGGGUGGAGAGUCUAUGGACGAGCAGUUCAAUCUCAUGGCCAGCAACCCGGACGUGGUCAUUGCCACGCCCGGUCGUCUCCUCCACUUGGCAGUCGAAAUGGACCUCGACCUCAGUGCCGUCAAGUACGUAGUCUUCGACGAGGCGGAUCGAUUAUUUGAGAUGGGCUUCGCAGACCAGUUGGAGGAACUUCUCAAGCGUCUACCCGCCAGUAGGCAGACUUGCCUCUUCUCGGCGACACUGCCCAAGAGUCUCGUCGAAUUUGCGCGCGCCGGACUCAGCGCCAAUCCUAAGCUCGUGCGGCUCGACGCAGAGAGUAAGGUCUCGGCCGACUUGAGGAUGGGGUUCUUUAGCGUCAAGCCAGGGGACAAGGAAGCGGCCCUGCUGAUCCUGCUGAGGGAUGUCAUUGGCGUACCCGCCGGGGAGCAGGCGGGUCAGCAGCACGACGACGACGAGGAGUAUGGCCAUGGAUCCGGAUCUGGCUUCGGCACAGGCGCCAAUCGCUCCAUCGACCGCAAGCGCAAGCGCCCCGCAGCCAACGCGGGAGCCCCUGGCGGUAUACGCGGGACGGACUCUCUCCUCCCUCACCAGACGAUCAUCUUUUGCGCCACGAAGCACCACGUCGAGUACCUUCUACACCUCCUCACCACAAUGGGGUACGCGUGCUCCCACAUCUACUCCUCGCUCGAUCAGUCGGCCCGUUCGCUUGAGAUGCAGCGUUUCCGCGAGGGAAGGACGAGUUUGCUCGUCGUGACGGAUGUGGCGGCGAGGGGGAUUGAUUUGCCCGUGUUGGAGCAUGUGGUCAAUUAUGAUUUCACGCCGAGCGCCAGGGUGUUCGUGCACAGGGUGGGGAGAACGGCCAGGGCGGGGAGAGGGGGAUGGGCCUGGAGUCUCGUGACCAACAAGGACUUGCCGGCGCUGUGCGAUUUGCAGCUCUUCCUCAAUCGACCGCUCCUUCCCAGCGGCGGCAGCCCCACCUCGACCGAGGACGACGCGGACGCAGCCAGCAGCGCAGCCGCAGCCACAGCCCUCCGUCUUGGUGCCCUCCCGCGCCAAGCGUUGGACGACGAGAACGAGUAUUUGCACUUCACCCUUCCCUCCACCCACGCGAGCAAGGCAGACCAGCUCGUGGCGCUGCGCAAGGUCGUGGCCCGAGCACAGAAGAUGUACGAGCGCUCCAACGGCGCCACGAAACCUGGAGCGCAGAGCUUGAAGAGGGCGAAGAGUAUGAUUACACCCGAGGAGGAGGGGGGAGAGGCUGGGAAGUGGAAGUUGGCGGGCAGUGGCAUGGAGGAGGGAGGCGUGGCGGAUGUGUACUUGAGGCCGGCCGAGUAUGGGCUUAAAGGUGCGGGCCCGUCGACCACCGUGAGCAGCAGUGCGCCCAAGUCCGCCCCCUCCUCUGCGGCGCCCAUCGCGAACGACGCAGCGACGGCUCAAGCGCGCUCGGCUUUGUUGGCCAAGAUUGCUGGCUUCACGCCCCAGGAAACCGUCUUCGAGCUGGGCACAAGGGGGGAGUCUAGCCCGCUUGCGCGAUUGAUGAAGGAUCGACGGAGGACUCUUGAGGGGAAACAGGCGAGGCGAGCUGUGAAGAGGCAGGAGAAGGAGGUGAGCGAGGAGAGCGAGGGGGAAGAAGGGGUGGGGAAAGAGGAGUGGACGCCUGCUGGCGGUGUUGACGAGGGGUCCGAAGGAGCAGACGUUGAAAUGGCUGACGAGGGAGAGAUAGAAGCCGUCUUCGACACGAACGCCUCUGCCGACUCCAAAGCCAAAGCCAACGCCAAGGGCAAACCUUCCUCCUCUUCCACCUCUACCUCCAAGGUUCCCCCACCAAAAUCCUACCGCGACCCCUCCUUCUACCUCGACUACUCCCAACCAGACUCCCUCCAGGAAAAGGGUUACGCCCUCAACUCUGGCGGGGACUUUGCCUCCUCAGCGCGCAAUGCUACCUUCUCCCUCACCUCCGACGACGGAACGCGCUUCGGCACGCAGAGUCAAGCACCCAACGCGGCUCGCUGGGACACCAAGAAGAAGAAGUUCAUCCGCGGUGACGGUACGGGUGCGGACAACGAGAAGAUCAUCCGCACCGAGUCCGGAACGCGGUUGCCCGCGAGCUUCAGGAGUGGGCGAUUCGACGAGUGGAAGAAGAGGGAGCGUCGUGAUCUUGGAAAGGUGGGGGACGUGGAGGAGCCUCGUGCCGGGCGUGGUGGGAGAGGGGGAGCAAGAGGGGGAGGAGCAGGAGGACGCGGAGCCUUGUCCUAUCGCCAUAAGGGGGUCAAAGAAGCUAAGCGCCUCGAUCCGGCGCAGAGCGAUUAUCACAAGAAGCUCAAGGCCCGCCGCGAGGCUGCGGCUGGUGCCGAUUCCUCGUCGCGCAUCGGCAGGGACGGGCGUCCCGUCCAGCCUCACGUACCCGCUCGUGGAGCAAGAGGAGGACGCGGAGGACGAGGGGCAAGGGGAGGAGCCGCUAGAGGCGGGCGGGGACGCGCGGAGCUGAAGAGUAGUCAUGAGAUUGCGAGGGAAAGGAUUGCAAAGGAGAAGAGGAGAGAGAAGACUGGGCGCGCCCCAGGCGGACGCGGAAGGGGAGGGGGAGGGGCACGUGGUGGGCGAGGUGGGGGAAGGGGAGGGCGAGGAGGGAGACGCUAGGCAGGUGGUGACAAG